UCCCCUCCGGGAGCACUGUGAUGCUGCAGGGCAACUGCUGGCCCAGCGUGAGCGUCCCCAGCCCCCCUCCCGCCUAGUGCCAGAACAGCGGAGGCGGCGGGAUCUGGAACAGUCGGGGCGGGCAAGCCCAGCGGGGAGGCGAGCGGCCGCUAUGAGGGAGUGCAUAUCAGUCCACGUGGGCCAGGCAGGAGUUCAGAUUGGAAAUGCCUGCUGGGAGCUCUUCUGCCUGGAACACGGCAUCCAGGCAGACGGCACCUUUGGCGCUCAAGCCAGCAAGAUCAACAAUGAUGACUCGUUCACCACCUUCUUCAGUGAGACCGGCAAUGGGAAGCACGUGCCCCGGGCUGUCUUGGUAGAUCUGGAGCCAACUGUGGUAGAUGAGGUUCGGGCAGGAACCUACCGCCAGCUCUUCCAUCCGGAGCAGCUCAUUACAGGAAAGGAAGACGCAGCCAACAACUACGCCAGGGGACACUACACAGUGGGCAAAGAGAACAUCGAUCUUGUCCUGGACCGCAUACGGAAGCUGACAGAUGCUUGCUCUGGCUUGCAAGGCUUCCUGAUCUUCCACAGUUUUGGUGGAGGUACUGGCUCUGGUUUCACUUCUCUGCUGAUGGAACGCCUCUCCCUUGAUUAUGGCAAGAAGUCCAAGCUAGAGUUUGCUGUCUAUCCAGCUCCCCAGGUCUCGACUGCAGUGGUUGAGCCCUACAACUCCAUCUUGACCACCCACACCACCCUGGAACAUUCCGAUUGUGCGUUCAUGGUGGAUAACGAGGCCAUCUAUGACAUCUGCCGCAGGAACCUAGACAUCGAACGCCCCACCUACACCAACCUCAACCGCCUCAUCAGCCAGAUCGUGUCCUCCAUCACUGCCUCGCUCCGCUUCGAUGGGGCCCUCAAUGUGGACCUCACUGAAUUCCAGACCAACCUGGUGCCCUACCCCCGCAUCCACUUCCCACUGGUCACUUACGCACCCAUCAUCUCUGCGGAGAAGGCUUAUCAUGAACAACUGUCGGUGGCCGAAAUCACCAGCUCCUGCUUUGAGCCCAACAGCCAGAUGGUGAAGUGUGACCCAAGACACGGCAAGUACAUGGCCUGCUGCAUGCUGUACCGGGGGGACGUGGUCCCCAAGGAUGUGAACGUUGCUAUUGCUGCCAUCAAGACGAAGAGGACCAUCCAGUUUGUGGACUGGUGCCCCACAGGCUUCAAGGUGGGCAUCAACUACCAGCCUCCCACGGUGGUGCCAGGAGGGGACCUGGCCAAGGUCCAGAGGGCCGUCUGCAUGUUGAGUAACACCACGGCCAUCGCGGAGGCCUGGGCCCGCCUUGACCAUAAGUUCGACCUAAUGUACGCCAAGCGGGCCUUCGUGCAUUGGUAUGUUGGAGAGGGAAUGGAAGAAGGAGAAUUUUCCGAGGCCAGGGAAGACCUGGCUGCCCUGGAGAAGGAUUAUGAAGAAGUGGGGACUGAUUCAUUUGAAGAAGAAAAUGAAGGGGAGGAAUUUUAAAUAUACACCUUCCCCUUG